AUCUGGCCUUGAUUAGCGAGAAGAUAAAUACGAGAUUUUUUUCUCGUUGUCUGACGAGGAGGAGAUCAAGAGAGAGAGAGAGGCAUCCAAUCCAUCUCGUCGGCAGCCGCAAUCCCGCGUUGUAACGAAGGGGACAGGCGAUGGAAGCCAACAACAUCCAAAGCUUCAAAGCCUUGGCGACGAAUCAACCUAGGCUAGGCUAGGCUAGCAUCCCCAGCCAAAAGGACCUCCCAAUCCCAAGCGGAGACCACAAAUCACAAGAGGAAGAGGGGGAUCUCCAAUCGCCGGAUCGGAGGAAAUCAUCGUCUUCCUUCCCGCCCGCCACCAUGAGCUUCAUCUUCGGCAAGAGGAAGACCCCAGCCGAGCUGCUGCGGGAGAAUAAGCGGAUGCUGGACAAAUCCAUCAGGGAGAUUGAGAGGGAGAGGCAGGGCCUGCAGGCCCAGGAGAAGAAGCUCAUCAAUGAGAUCAAGAAGAUGGCCAAGCAGGGACAAAUGGGAGCUGUGAAAGUUAUGGCAAAGGACCUUAUCCGCACAAGGCAUCAGAUCACAAAAUUUUAUGCUCUGAAGUCCCAGCUACAAGGCGUAUCUCUUCGCAUUCAGACGCUGAAAUCAACACAGGCAAUGGGAGAAGCUAUGAAGGGUGUCACUAAGGCCAUGGCACAAAUGAACAGGCAGAUGAAUCUACCAGUGCUGCAGAAGAUAAUGCGGGACUUUGAGAUGCAGAAUGAGAAGAUGGAGAUGGUUAGCGAAGUGAUGGGCGAUGCCAUUGAUGACGCUUUGGAGGGUGACGAGGAGGAGGAAGAAACAGAAGAACUUGUCAACCAAGUCCUUGACGAAAUAGGCAUUGACAUCAACUCAGAGCUUGUCAAGGCUCCUGCGACCGCAGUUGCUAAGCCAGCUGCAGCCGGAAAAGUUGCUGCCCAAGCUGAAGCCGCAGGUGGGGCGGAUGGUGGAAUAGACGAUGACUUGCAGGCACGGCUUGAUAAUCUGAGGAAGAUGUGAUCAUUGGAGUCUGACAAAAUAUCCCAACACUUUGUUUGUAGUUUUGUACCAUAUAUACAUAGCCAUUUCGGCAAUCUUUUUCACAUCUCAUUUGCAGUAUGGAUGGGCGACAUCGACCAUUGUAUAUAUUUUGUACCACUCAUUAGGCCUUGCGUUCUCUUCAUAAUCCCAUUGAGUGUUGAGGGUAUGUUCUACUUAUGGUACUGACUUGGUGUACGUUUGACUUAUUUGGUGAUGGAAGAAUUCGGAGAACAUGCAUAUUACUUGCUGAA